AGAGAAACAUAUGAAAUGAAUACAAAAAAAAAAAAUAAGAAAUAAAGAAAGAGAAGGAAACUUGGAAAAGAAGGCCAUUGAAAUCGUUGGUAUUGCUUAGAUUACAAAAAAAGUCAGCAACCUCAGAUGUCAGAUAGAAGAAAGCUAACGUUCACGUCAAACUAGUCACAAUUUAAGUUAAAUAAAUAAAUAAUAUUUCACCAUUUAUUACUUUGGAAUGGACUUACCACCUCACCCAACUCCUGAAAGAAUCACUCUACCAACAAAAGAAAACAGGGUGGUGUAGUUGAUCAGACGGUGACCAUUAUGGCCAAGAGGUCAGAUUUUGCUCAGAAGCUUUUGGAUGAUCUUCGUCUCCGAAAGGAGCGAAUGUCUGCUUCAUCACAGAGCUCAAACCGUUCUAAUUCAAUGGCUAUUAUUGAUGCCUAUUCUUAUGCCAAGCAAAACUAUAAAGGAUACAAAGAUGUAAGAACAAACGAAAUGGUUGGUUCUAGAGCUGGAAAUACUCGAUUAAAGUCUAGUGGAGGUAGUAGAUCAUCCUUGAGUGGAGAAUCAGGAAAACAACAGUUGGUGUCUUAUGGAAGAGGCCAAGGGUCAGAGCAAUUUGGAGAUCUUUCAAUGGCUUUGAGUUUCGCAAUAGAAAAUGCUGGAAAACUUGGAAGAACAGAUUCAUCCACAAGAAGUUCAAUGCUUGGAUUUCUACAACAGAUGGGAAGAAGCUCUAUUAGCAAUGCUGAUAGGCACAGGCCUUCAACUAGCCAAUUCCCUGCCUUUUCUUCUGUACAAAUUGAUGAGAUAUCAAAAGGGGCAAUGAAGUUGAACCAAAUCCUUAAAGCUUGCUCCAAUGGCCUUAACUUUGAUAGUUACUCUAUUGAAAUUGGGAAGGAACUACUGAAAGGAGCCAUAGAUUUGGAGAACUCACUGAAGAUGCUUGUCAACUUGCAGGAAGCUUCUGAGUUCAUGGUAAGUAGUAGUGCACAGAAGAAAAAGAAGACAAACCGAAUCAAAUUGCUCGAGGAAGGAGAGGAAGACGAAGACGAAAGUAGUGUGAAUAUAGCUGAGGAAUGGAAACUAGAGGUUCCUAGAUUCUCUUUCGACAAGCCAUCAAGAAAAAACAUCCAAGAGUUUGGAAGAAAUGGCCAUAAGCAGAGUCUACCAGCUCUGACUAACUCAACACAACAUAGUAACUUCAACCAUGAAAACCAGCUAGUGCCUGCCCCAAGAUCAAGUUCCUACCACCACAAUCGAUCAAUCAGUUCUGGUUCUAAUGCCAGAAGUCUUUCCACAUUAUCAGAACGAAAGAAUCAACCGGCCUCAUCUGAUUCUAAAUCAGAAAAGGCAAGAAUUCCCAGUGUGAUUGCUAAGCUUAUGGGAUUAGAUAAGCUUCCUGAAACUGAGAAUCCAACUUCUACAGCACAGAGAAACUACAUUUCCAAACCAAAAGACGAGAGAGAUCAGUCAUUUCGGAGAGUGGUACAGGAAGAAGAGAGAGACACUCCUAAGAUUGUUGGACACAAAGCUAAAGUCCCUGAGAAUCUUGUACAACCCAGAAAACAAAAAGUGGUAGAAGUUAACAAGACUACUUUUGGUCAUAACAGCCCUUCAUUUGUGGUGGUGAACAAAGAGAAAAAGGUUAUUCCUUCUUCUCCUUUCAACUUUGAGGUUGUUAUGGAAGACGAAAAAUCGCCAUGGGAGAAUUUGCAAGGGAGCAAAGCAAUGACAAGAUCAGAUAAGACCAUGGCAAGAAAAGAUGAGCAACAGAAUGUGGUAAUUCAAUACAAACAGAACACAAGUCGAAUGGAUAAUAAUAAUAAGAAGAAACAGUUGUCAAGCUGUCAAAAGAAAUCACAGAACAAUUUAGAGUUUCAACAACCAUUCGUGCCUGGAAAAUUAGUAUCAGAAGAUAAUGGAAAACAAGUUUUACAGACAAGAAAACAAAAGGGUAGCACUGGUAGUAGUGAAGUUAUGGCAAAGAGUGUAUCGAAACCUGUCCGUGAUGGAACAAAUUUUCAACAGAAGCAGCAGCAGCAGCAGAAGCGCAGCAGCCACAGUCUAACCAAGAAAAGUUAUAAGAAAGGUUUGAAAAAAGGUACUAAUACAGACGAUGUGGUGGGGGUAGAAAGAAAUUUGGCUGAAUCUAAUUUCGUUAAGGAAUACAACAAUCGAAACCCGGAUCAGAAUUCGUCUCUAAAACUACAAGAACCUGAACCAAGAAAAGAAAAGCCUCGCAUUCCACCAGUUAUGGAUGAGAAAGCUGUUCAUGUGCCAAUCAUACAGAAAGCAAAAGUUGCUAGAGGGCAUAAUAAUGAAGUACUUGGCAGAAGAAGUGGGAGUUUGAACAACCUGACCAGGCCACCAAGACACCAGAGUUCAAUUUUGAAAGAAGCAGUCAAAUCUAGAAAGGUUGAAAAACUUAGAGACAUUAGACCAGAAGAAGCAGAACCACGAAUCAUCAAGUCUAAUAGAUCAACCGUAAACAAUCAACUGAAUGAUUUGACUCCAAAUUUGCUCAAAGAACAAGUUGAGAACAAGUACACCCUGAAUACUUCAAAGGAAGAUGACUAUCAAAGCUUGCAUGAGCCAGAAGCACUACCAUCAAAUGACAGCGACCAAAACGUGAUACCUAUUAUUGAAGAAGAUCAAACACCUUUUUGUGAAGAUGAUCAAGAGCACAAAUGUGGAGGAGAUGUUUCAAAUGAACUUACUGGAGCCAAUAAUAACAACAAAGAAGCCACUAGGGACAUGUCAACAGUGGAAGUAGGUGAAUUGAUGAAUCAUGAGAAAUCAGUACUGGACACUAUAAGCAAUAAUAAUAAGCUUAUUGUAGUAGUGGAGCCGCUGAGCGAGAGUGAAAACCAGCUUAAGCAGAUACUCGUUAAGAAUCAACUGUUCCUUAACACAGCAGAGGCUCUCUUGAAGCUCCAUAUCCCCAAUAAUGGCGAUCAUGAUCAUGGUGGUGACCAUGAAGACAAAAAGCUGAUAUUAGACUGUGGGUAUGAGCUGAUGAGAAGAAUAGGGAGAAAGCAUGAGUUGGCAUUAUAUCCUUGUUGUGUUAGUAUAAGUUUGGUGAAGAUAACAAGCUUUGAUUGGCUAGUCAAACAAUUGAGUAAGGACUUUGAGAAAUUGAGAUCCUACGGUAGGAACGGUGUAGAGGAUGAUUGUGAAGUGGAUGAGUAUCUGCCUAGGAUGUUGGAAAGUGAUGUACUGUUUAACAAAGAUCCCCAUGUGAAUUGCAUGUGGGAUUUGGGUUGGAAUGAAGACAUGUUUGCAUUCGUUGAAGUUGAUGAAGUUGUAAGAGAUGUUGAGAAACAUUUACUCAAUGGGGUCUUAGAUGAUAUCACAGGUGAUCUUUUCUUACAACAGAUGAUGACUAUGAGUAGUACUAGUACUGUUCUUAGUUAUUGAAAUAAUAACUUAAGCAUUUUGUUACCUAUCCAAUGGAACAUUUUCUUUAUAUUUUUCCAAAGCCAAAGAGAAGAAAAAGAAAAAUCAAUUGUUGUUUCUUUUUUUAUUAAUUUUGUUAUUUCAAAGUAUAUAUUAAUGGGUACGUAUACGUGUUCAUAUAUAAUUAUCAUGGGGGUUUGAUGUGUAUAA